CAGGCCACGCCUACAGCGAUGACGUGGUUGGGCUGCUCUAACAGCUGCUUUAGUAUUUUUUGAUAAUUGUAUUUUCAGUUGUAUUAACCUUCUCAGUUUCUAAUAAAGAUAAAGGUCAUCUAUCUAUCUAUGGUCCUGUAUAACUCUAUUCUAACUCUAUUAUACGGUGGUGGUGAUGUUGUGAAUCGAACGGCUCUGAGGUCUGUUGGCUUGUUGACUGGUCUCCAUGGUAACGCAGCAGCAUGGCGUUCCUGCGCUGGAGUGGUGAGGAUGUGGCUCGCUGGAUCGAGUCUGUCGGGUUCCCCCAGUAUAAGGCGUGUUUCACUCAGAAUUAUAUCACGGGCAGAAAACUGAUUCAUGUCAACUGCUUCACCCUGCCACGACUGGGAAUCACUGACUUCCAGCACAUGCAGCUGAUCUCAGCUCAGGUCAGAGAACUGCUGGACGUCUCGGAGCCGCGCUGGAACCAGAGCAUCGCUGACCCUCUUCACGAUGAGCGGACGGUGUUCCUGCAGAAGAAGAGCAGAAGCGGUCAGCAGACAGAUUCCCUCACAUACGAGCAUCUCCUCCAGAACAAGAGCCAGUAAACCCAUCAAGACAUUAUCAUAAACAUAUAUAUACAGUAUAUAUAAUAAACAGCUUCUGAACAUGCUA